AUGGCCCACUCGUACUGCGGUCGGGUGCUGGCCGCGCUGACCCUGCUGGGCAUCCCCGCCGCCGUGCUGGCCGCUCUGGCCUCGCAGCUGCUGUUCCAGCUGCAGGAGGGGCGCGCGGAGCUGCGGGGUGAGCGCACCGACGGGCUGCACCCAGAGCUGGGCUCUGGCCGGGGGCUGCCUGAGGACACGGCCGGGGCGCUGCUGCCGCUGGCUGCGGCGCUGGCCGCGCUGGCGCUGGUGCUUGGCCUCACCUGCCUGCUGCUAGUCGCGCUCUGCGGACACCUGGGUGCCCAGCUGGCGCCAGGGCCCGGCCCGGGCAGGUCUGACUGGUUUUUCCACGACUGCCAUCUCCUUAGGCAUGCUGCUCUUGGCCUGUUCUGCUGUGGGGUCUCUGUGUACUUAGCAGCACUAGCCAUGUAUGCCCUGCUGCUUUUCGAGAUCGAGACUGGUGUGGCAGCUGCAUCCAUCCUAGGCUCCGGUGUCCUAACCCUGGUGGCAGUGCUGACCCACACUCUGCUCCGGGCUGUCCAGGCCACCCGUCGGGGUCUCCGGGAGCUUUCCCCACCAUCCUUUGAAGAUGAGCUCACCAGACCUGCCGGAGUCUCCAAGGCUGGCUGUACGGCUCAGCCCCAGCAGGGUACCCAUUGCCUGACCCUCUGUACCCCCUCCCCGGAGCCUGGGGACUACCUUGGGCCCAUGGCCACUGCUGCCACACUUGCAGCCCUGGGGGAAGCUCACCAGAGCAGCCUGCCUGCCCCCUGCAGGCCCUGGACACUGUCAGUGGGUUUCAACUCCUGGGAUGCAGCCACUCAUGAGAUGCAUAGCAUGCUGGGCCACAGGUCACCAGCCAUGGGAAAGGAUUCCACACUGGUGUGA